AUGAGCAAUGUGUCUGGAGCUUCGAGUGGAACAUCAGCUGUUCGAGGAAGAGGCCAACAUGUGGGUGUGCCAAAGAGAUGUUGGUGUGGGGAAGUUAUUGUGGCUAAAAUAUCAAAAUCCGACGCUAAUCCUUAUCGGAGAUACUAUCGGUGUGCGUUUGCUGCCGAACAUAAGCUUAACAAUGAUAACCACACUUUCAAGUGGGUUGAUGAGGCUUUCUUGAACGAGAUAGAAGCAUUGGCGUUUAGAAUUGGAAGACUUGAAGAAGAGGUGAAAGAGCUUAGGACAGUUUCUAUGGAUGCCGAGAAUAAGAUGUUUGAGAAGCUUGAGAUUAAGCUAGAGAAAGAGAUUGUCGAAAAAGUGGAAGAAGUUCUUGUUGAAGCCAAAUCUGACAUGAAGAAAAUGAUGUUACUUGUGGGUUUAGGAUUUGUGAUCAUUGUAGUUUGCAGUAAACUAGUAGGCUGA